AUGGAAAAUAUCUAUACAGAUGAUAAUGAACAAUAUCAAUCAAUACUUGAAUCAUAUAUUUCAUUACCAAUUAAUUCUGAUGAAUAUACACAAAAACUUCAUACAAAUUUAAUUGAAAUAAAAGAAAAAAUCAAUGUUGAUGGAAUACAAAUGAUAUUUGUUGCUCAUCGUUAUGAACAAACUGUUUUUAUUUUUUCAUUAUAUCUAUUUACUAUAACACUUGAUCUAAUGACAUCAGCAUUUAUAUUAUUAAGUCGUUCAACAUUGGGACAAAUAUUUCAUAGUCGAAUAUUUUUGAAAAAUCCUAUUAUUAAUGUAAUGUUUGGAAUUAUUAUAACAACUAUUCUACAAAGUUCAUCUACUGUUACAUCGAUUAUUGCUUCAAUGGUUGAUAGUGGAAUUGUUGAUGAUGUUCGUUCAGUUAUUCCAAUGAUUAUGGGAACAUCAAUAACAAAUACUCUUGUUGCAUUUAGUCAAAUAGGAAAUCGAAAUGAAUUUUCUCGUAGUUUUUCAUCAGGUAUACUCAUGGAUGUAUUUAAUUAUUUAACAACACUUAUCCUUCUACCUAUUGAAAUUUUUAUUGAUCCUAUAACGACAAUGUCAGAUAUUUUUCAUCGUGGUGGUUAUUUAGCUCGUGUAAGCGGGGCUAUUGCUGCAAUGAUUCCUGAAAAACAAGGAAUAAAUAUUCAAUUAUUUAAAGUAAUUACAAAACCUUUAACGAAAUUAAUAAUACAAAUUAAUGAAACUAUUAUAACAAGUAAUAAAACACAACAAACAAUUGGUAAAAUUUAUUGUUAUAAUGAAACAAUUAAAUGUAAAUAUUUAUUUCGAUCAAUGAUUGAAAAAUUUGGUGAUAAUAUUGUUGGAAUAAUUUUAUUUAUAUGUUCUCUUAUAAUUCUUACUGGAAUACUUUUAUUUAUGGUUAAAUUAUUAAAAUCAAUAAUUAUUGGUAUUAUUGAUGAUACAUUAAAAAAAAUUCUUCAUAUUCAAUCUCAUGGAUGGAAAGAAUGUUUACUUGGUUAUGUUUUUAUUAUUGUUGGUAUUAUUGGAGCAAUACUUGUUCAAAGUAGUAGUGUUUUUUGUUCAAUAUUAACACCAUUAGUUGGUCUUCAAGUACUUUCACUUGAACGUAAUUAUGAAUUAACAAUUGGUGCUAAUAUUGGUACAACAAUAACAGCAUGUUUUGCUUCUCUUACUCAAACUGGUCUAUUUUUUCGUCAAUCUAUGCAAAUAGCAUUAACUCAUUUUUUAUUUAAUCUAUCGGGUUGUAUACUUUGGUAUAUUCUUCCAUAUUUUCAUCGUAUUCCAAUUUAUUUAAGUCGUCAAAUUGGUUAUAUUGUAUCUG